UGUGAGACUGCACAGUCUUUUCUGCUCCGAUGCUUUAAAACGGAUCAAAGUUCUACGUCUGAACUAUGAGAUCGAUUUGUUUGUUGUGACCUGCGGGCGCGCCGUCACCCGGACACAUAAUCCGCUUUGUGUUGGACUAAUACUCACAGUUCUCCCUGCGGCGGGCAGCAGGAGGUCUGUGCGGAGCAGAGAGGAGGUGCGGGGCAUGGAGGUGCUGCGUCGCUCCUCUGUCUUCGCCGCUGAAGUGAUGGAGGUGUUUGAACGAACACCCACCGACAAGGAGCUGGUGUCCCAGGCCAAAGCCCUGUGCAGGGACUACAUCCAGUCCAGACUGAACCGCGCCGGGAUCGGCUGGUCCAAACCCGAGCACGGAUCCGCCGCCUCGCUUGGGGAGAUUUCCUCCGUCCUCCUGUGGCUCGGCGAUGAGUUGGAGUACCUUCGGCCCAACGUUUACCGUAAUGUAGCUCGACAACUGAACAUCACGGUGUCAUCAGAGAGUGUGGUGUCUGAUGCCUUCCUGGCCGUGGCUGCAGACAUUUUCUCCACAGGUGUGACAUGGGGAAAAGUGGUUUCUUUGUACGCCGUGGCAGGAGCUUUGGCGGUGGACUGUGUACGACACGGCCAUCCAGCUGUGGUCCAUACCAUCGUGGACUGUAUGGGGGAGUUUGUCCGCAAGAGCCUGACCUCCUGGUUAAAAAAGAGAGGGGGGUGGGUGGGCAUGACAAAGUGUGUGGUGAACACCGACACCAGCUUCCGGUCCCACUGGCUGGUGUGCGCUGUGUGCACCUUUGGGCACUACGUGAAGGCCAUCUUCUUUUACCUCCUCAGAGAGAAGUGAAGGGAGAGAAGUGAAGGCGAUCUUGUCUGCUGGCGUCUGAACACAAUCACUGCACAGCGUGCACCGCUUUGGAAAUGUUUACACCUGUUUGCACUGAGCCAACCACUACAAACGCCCAUUCCUUCACACGCCAGCCUCUCCUGACAGCGCUGCUUCACACCCAGCAUUUAGUUUUUAUUGGGAGUUAUGCAACAGCGCACCCACAAGUGUAAAACUCAUAUGUCCUCAAAAUACCAUGUCAAACUUCAUCUAUAUCUGCGAAAAAAAACAAACUUAGUUCUGUUAACAGCCAAACUACUUCUGUGACAGUUGUUUGGCGGCCUCUGGUGGCUGAAAAGGAUAAUAAUUUGCAUAAUAAUGCAACAGACUGUUUUCUGGCCUAUAGUUUGGGGCCUGUUGUAUUAUUAAAUAUGGCUACAUAAGUGUUCCUUUGUGCAUGAAACUUUAAAAAGCAUGCACUGUGACAUUAUGGUAAGAUAAUAUUUCCUGUCAAAUGUGUGCCGUUUAAAAUAAUCCUCCAGUAAAAUCACAAUACAACUUUUUUUUUUUUUGUUUUUAAUAUGUUUGACAAUUGUCUUUUUUUUCUUUUUGUUUCCAGUGAAUGGCUGCCAUGAAAGGACACAACUUGUUCAUGGUAACAAUAAACCAUAAAACCAAAAAAAAAAAGAAAAAACAAACAAAUAAUAAAAAAUAAAAAAACAGGUUGUGCAACACUAUGAAAUAUAUUUUUUAUGUUUAGGGUCCCCCCCCCCCCCACCUUCCUUAAAAUGCAAUGUAAAAACUUCAGGUAGGAUGAUCAGGAUGUGGAAGCUAUAGCACCUCAAGCCAAAUGUUGAACAUUUAAGGUGAUAUUUUUCCAUCUUUGUAAUUUUGUGCAAGUUUUUUGUUCUAUAGCUGUACGAGGAAACCUCACUGGAAUCCUUUAAACCAUGACUCAUACCGAACUGUGAUGGAGGUGCACUGUUACACCCCUCGUAGUCAGCAGGGAUGGCACAGUACCUGUCUGAUACCUAUCCUGGAACCGACAGUAUCAGCUGCGACAAGCCGAUAACGGUUUUCCCCCUGUCUUAACAUAAGCAAUCUGGCAAUAAAUGGGCUGGUCUGAAUGUACUUUGCAAAUCUAGCCAUUGAACAAAACAUCAACUCAACC